GGCGUGCCUUGCGCUGGCCGAGCUGCGCCAUCUUGUUCCGGCGGUGAGGCAGCGAAGCUCCGUCCUCUGUCUUAGUGUUGGCGAUACACGGGCGGAACGGAGCCACUCCCCCCCCCUUCCCUGCAGAGCCUUUCUCCUCAUCCCCUCACCAGAGCGGGACAUGCGGGAGCGGAGAGGGCGGCGGUAGCAGCGAGCAAGCAGGACAGACAGUGAGGCGAAGACGGCUGUGAGACACGCAGUGUGUGUGUGUGUGUGGUGACCCCUCCCCCUUCUCAUCAUCACCUCGCCCCUCACUCAGCGCAGCAGCAUGGACGCCGUGAACGCCUUUAAUCAGGAGCUUUUUGCGCUCAUGGACAUGAAGCCUCCAAUUUCUCGUGCAAAAAUGAUCAUGAUCACAAAGGCUGCUAUAAAGGCAAUAAAGCUUUACAAACAUGUAGUCCAAAUCGUGGAAAAAUUUAUUAAGAAGUGUAAACCUGAAUACAAGGUCCCAGGAUUGUAUGUAAUUGAUUCAAUAGUUCGUCAGUCUCGUCAUCAGUUUGGAAUUGAUAAAGAUGUAUUUGGUCCAAGAUUUACUAAGAACCUAACGGCAUCUUUCCAGUGUUUGUAUUCCUGUCCAGAGGAAGAUAAGAGUAAAAUUGUCCGCGUUUUGAACUUGUGGCAAAAAAAUGGAGUAUUUAAAAUUGAGAUCAUACAGCCAUUACUGGAUAUGGCAGUGAGUGGCGCACCACCUGAAUUACAGGCAGAUUCGUCCGCUAAUGAAGAAGGAUCUUCACCGCCCUCUAUGUUUUUUUCAACUGACCCCCCUGAAGAGCCCCUGGUUGCUGCUCCUGCACCUACUCCAGCACCUGCACCACCUGCACCUGCACCACCUGCACCUGCAGCACCCACAGUAUCUGCUCCUGCUCUGAGUGUUCCUCAGUUACCAAGCUCAGAGGCUUUUGCAGCAGUUGCUCAAUUAUUUCAAAGUAGCCAAGGGCAACAGCUUCAGCAGAUUCUUCAGACUUUCCAACAACCUCCGAAGCCACAGUCACCAGUUAUUGAAGAGAAUAUAUAUUCCCAAGUACAGUCCAUUACUUGUCAAAUGAAUACUCAACCACAGCAGCCUCACCCACAGCAGCCUCACCAGACAGACAGGAAAAGUACCCUUGAUAAGUUGCUGGACAGAUUUGAUUAUGACGAUGAACCUGAAGCCGCUGAUGAGCCAAAGAAAGAUGUGUCCAGUCCCACUCCUCCUCCACCUCUACAGCCUCCAUUCCCAUUUCCCUUAGAGACAAACCAGCCUCCUGCAUCAUUCCCACAGAUGCCAAGUCAAGUGCCAAACAUGGACCUGUAUCAGGUUGUACAGCCACACAUGAUUGGAAUGCCUCAGGAGUCUCUUCAUCAGAUUCCGGUUCCUGCAAAUGGGCAAAUGCUUGGUUUUGGUAUGUUCUCCGCAAUGGUUCCACCAUUGUCUCAAGAGUCUCCACAACCUUUUAUCCAGCAGCCUUUCCCAGUUCAACAAAAUGAUAUACAGUCAGAAACAGAUAAUCAGCAGGAGGUGUCCAUGGAUAUAGAGCAACCUUCUCUUCAGGAAUCAAAACGCCCUGCAGAACGUCAGAGAUCAGUUUCCAGAUCACCAAAAAGGAGACGUUCCCGAUCCAAUUCACGCUCUCGCAGAUCCAGGCACAGACGUUCUCGUUCUAGGUCCCGUGAUAGGCGCCGCCAUUCUCCUAAAUCUCGCUCUCAGGAGAAGCGUGACCGAGAGAAGGAAAGGGAGCGCAGAAUGAAAGGUCUUCCGCCUAUCAAAGCUGAUAUAGUUAGUGUUUGCAGUACUACUCUUUGGGUUGGGCAGCUGGACAAAAGAACCACCCAGCAAGAUGUUGAAGCCUUUUUAGAAGAAUUUGGACCCAUUGAAUCGAUCAAUAUGAUACCCCCAAGAGGCUGUGCGUACAUUGUAAUGGUUCACAGAAUGGAUGCAUAUCGUGCUUUACAAAAACUGGGCAGAGGAAACUACAAAGUAAACACAAAGGCAAUAAAGAUUGCAUGGGCUUUAAACAAAGGAAUUAAAUCAGAGUAUAAGCAGUACUGGGAUGUAGAGAUCGGUGUUACGUACAUACCAUGGAGUAAAAUCAAACCUGAGGAGCUGGAGGCAUUGUGUGAAGGAGGGAUGUUGGAUAAUGAUACAAUGAGCUCAGAAUGGAAAAGUAUCACUAAAAAGACAGAGAUGGCAGACACAUCCAAAAAUGGGUCUACAGCUGAGAAUGCUCAAAAUGAUAACAAUUCAACUGGACCUCAGGCUACCCCUGUACCUCUGCUCUCUCUUCAGCCUGUUACAGGUAGUCAGCCUGUGUCAUCCAUUCCAUCCCUUUCGACAGUACCAGCACUUCAGGCUCUUCAGCCUGGUACAGUGUUAUCUUCUCUUCAUGGUUUACAUCCUUUGCAGGGAUUACACCCACCUCCUCAACCACUGCCUAUUCCACCAGCACUGCCACCAUUACAAGCAAUGCAUAUGCCACAGGGAAAUUAUGUUCCAGGAUUCCCAGGACCCUUUAAUAUACCUCCUCCUGGGUUUGCUCCUGGUCUUCCUCCACCUCCAUUUAUGAGGCCAGGGUUUAAUCCAAUGCAGAUGCCACCAGGAUUUCUACCUCCGCCGGGUAUGCCCCCUCCUAUGACUUCUAUGACACCUAUGGCUCCCAUGGCUUCUAUGACUCCCAUGGCUUCUAUGACUCCCAUGGCUUCUAUGACUCCCAUGGCUCCUAUGACUCCCAUGGCUCCUAUGACUCCUCCAGUGUCUCUUCCUCCUCCUAUGUCUGGAAUAAGCAUCCCAACUUCUACUGCAGGUGCUCCAACUAAUGAACCAGAUGUAGCUCAAGGAAAUAUAUUACCUUUUGGGACUGGAACUGAAAAUAUUGAUUCUGAUGAUAAUGGAAACGGAUUUGGGGCCGCUCAACAAGGAGGGCCAAAUAAUGCUUCUGAUCCAUCGAACCCACUUCACGAUGAUUCACAAGGUGCUUCAUCCCAAGGACCUCCGACAGAUAGUUCUACAGGCCCACCCCAGGGUCCUCCUGGCCCACCUGAAGCUUCUCCAAACCAGCCACACGGCUCAUCACAGGGGCCUACAGGUUCAAUGCAAGGUCCUCCACACUCUGCACAUGGUCCAUCUCAAGGUCCUCCACACUCUGCGCAUGGUCCACCUCAAGGUCCACACUCUGCGCAUGGUCCACCUCAAGGUCCACACUCUGCGCAUGGUCCACCUCAAGGUCCACACUCUGCGCAUGGUCCACCUCAAGGUCCUCCACACUCUGAGCAUGGUCCCCCUCAAGGUCCACCACACUCUGAGCAUGGUCCACCUCAAGGCCCCCGUCCAGGACCACCUCAAGGACCCCAAACAGGGUCAUACCAGGGGCCUCCACAUGGAGCACCUGGUCCUGGUUUGCAAAGCCCUUCAACAGGCCUUCUAGGGGCUAGACCUGGAUUAAUACCACUUCAAAGACCACCUGGAGUUCCCCCACCAAAUCACAUGCAAAGAUUCCCUGGAAUGCCACACCGCCAAGUGCCGCCUCAUAUGGCACACAGAGGUCCUCCUGGGCCGGGUGGUUUUGGAAUGCCACCACCUCAUGGUAUGAGAGGCCCUUAUCCACCACAGGGUCCUUUUGGAAGAGGAGGACCAGGUGGCCCUGAAGAUCGAGAAGGCAGGCCAUUUAGAAACGAAAGACGUGGGUUUAAUCCAGAACGUGGUGAAAGGCAUGGGUUUAAUCAAGAAAGAGGUGACAGACAUGGGUUUAACCUUGACCGAAAUGAUCGGCAUAUGUUUAAUCCUGAGCCAGAGGAGGAAUUUGAUGUGGAAAUGGAGGAGGCACCUGAAUUUAACCCUGAGAUGGAAGAGGAGGAAGGAUUUAAUCCUGAGAUGAAUGAGGAACAAGAUUUCAACCCUGACAGACAAAGUUUCAAUCCUGAUAGGCCAGGUUUCCGUCCUGACAGGCCAGGCUUUAAUCCAGAAAGGCCAGGCUUUAAUCCAGAAAGGCCAGGUUUUAAUCCUGAAAGGCCAGGCUUUAAUCCUGAAAGGCCAGGCUUUAAUCCUGAAAGGCCAGGCUUCCAUCCAGAUAGGAAUGAAAGGCAAGGCUUUCAUCCUGAAAGAGAACGAUUCGGAAGAAGGUCUUUUGGAAAUCGUAAUGAAGAUGAUCGAGAACACUUCGGUGGCCGCUUUGAAGACCAUGAGAGGGGAGUCCGUGGAAGAAGAAGCUGGAGCCGGGGAAGUCCAGAACGUGAAAGACAUAGGGAACCUGAAGGGAGGAGCAGGUGGUCUGGGGGACGAGAAAGGGAACCUCGCAAACCUCUUCUAGAUUUCCCCGAUAAUCGUAAACCUGGUAUGACCGAAAACCACGAGCCUCCAAGCGCUAAAAUUGAACCCAGAGAGCCUGCUCCUGACACCAGCAAGGAAAAACCUAAGCCUGAACCUAAACCUAAAUCUGAACCUAAACCUGAACCUAAAUCUAAACCUGAACCUAAACCUGAGCCUAAACCUAAACCUGAGCCUAAAUCUGAACCUAAACCUGAACCUAAACCUAAACCUGAACCUAAAUCUGAACCUUCUGAGAAAAAACCCACUGAAGACAAGAAACCUAAAGCAUCAUCACCGGCUGAAAAAACAGAAAAAUCCUAAGAUGCACGUCAACACCUUGUCACUAUGAACUUUUGUUGAGUAGAGCUUUGGAGUUGUACAUUAAGCUGUAAAAUAUUUGCUUCUGCUUAUUGACCUUGUUAUAGUUUCUGAGAACUGUAUAAUUGGCUUUCCUUCUAUUUAAAAUGGUUACGAAAUACAAUGCCAUCGUAUUAAAAGAACAAAUGAGCCUCCCAUGGUUUGCUGUAACUUUUUGAAUAAGUAAUUUAAAAAGAUUACAGCUCGUACUUUUUUUUUUUUUGUUCGUUUUUGUUUUUACUGGGGGAAGAAGCACCUUUAAAGUUAUGAAAAUAUUAGAGGUGUUUUUUUAAUAAACUCUAUUUUCGUAACAAA